AACUCCACCCUUCUGAAUGAGAUCUUCACAGAGCUCUACAUCACAGAGGGAGGGACUGGAGAGGUCAAUGAAGAACAUGAGGUCAGACAGAUUGAAAGAGCUUCCUGGAAACCAGACAGACCAGAAACAUCCAUCAGACAAGAAGACAUCUUUAAAGCCUCAGCUGGAAGAGACGGACCAAUCAGAAGAGUGAUGACAAAGGGCGUGGCUGGCAUUGGGAAAACAGUGUUAACACAGAAGUUCACUCUGGACUGGGCUGAAGACAAAAGCAACCAGGACGUACAGUUCAUGUUUCCCUUCACCUUCAGAGAGCUGAAUGUGCUGAAAGAGAAGAAGUUCAGUUUGGUGGAACUCAUCCAUCACUUCUUCACUGAAACCAAAGAAGCAGGAAUCUGCAGGUUUGAAGACUUUAAGGUGGUCUUCAUCUUUGAUGGUCUGGACGAGUGUCGACUUCCUCUGGACUUCCACAACACUGAGAUCCUGACUGACGUCACAGCGUCCACCUCAGUGGACGUGCUGCUGACAAACCUCCUCAGGGGGAAACUGCUUCCCUCUGCUCGCCUCUGGAUAACCACACGACCUGCAGCAGCCAAUCAGAUCCCUCCUGACUGUGUGGACAUGGUGACAGAGGUCAGAGGGUUCACAGACCCACAGAAGGAGGACUACUUCAGGAAGAGGUUCAGAGAUGAGGAGAAGGCCAGGAGGAUCAUCUCCCAUAUCCAGACAUCACAAAGCCUCCACAUCAUGUGCCACAUCCCAGUCUUCUGCUGGAUCACUGCAACAGUUCUGGAGAACAUGUUGAAAACCAGAGAUGGAGGAGAACUGCCCAAGACCCUGACUGAGAUGUACAUCCACUUUCUGGUGGUUCAGUCCAAAGUGAAGAAGGUCAAAUAUGAUGGAGGAGCUGAGACAGAUCCACACUGGAGUCCAGAGAACAGGAAGAUGAUUGAGUCUCUGGGGAAACUGGCUUUUGAGCAGCUGCAGAAAGGAAACCUGAUCUUCUAUGAAUCAGACCUGACAGAGUGUGGCAUCGAUAUCACAGCAGCUUCAGUUUACUCAGGAGUCUUCACUCAGAUCUUUAAAGAGGAGAGAGGCCUGUACCAGGACAAGGUCUUCUGCUUUGUCCAUCUGAGUGUUCAGGAGUUUCUGGCUGCUCUUCAUGUUCAUCUGACCUUCAUCACCUCUGGAACAAAUCUGUUGUCAGAACCAACAACGAGCCAGUUGACCAGACCGUUUAGAAAAAAACCUAAACUGAAUCAUCUGCACCAGAGUGCUGUGGACGAGGCCUUACUGAGUCCAAAUGGACACCUGGACUUGUCCCUCCGCUUCCUCCUGGGUCUUUCACUGGAGACCAAUCAGAAGCUCUUGAGAGGUCUAGGCUGUAAACUCUCAGAGAGAAGCUGUGAAGCUCUGUCCUCAGUCCUCAGCUCUGUGUCCUCUAGUCUGAGACACGUGGACCUGAGUAACAAUGACCUGCAGGAUCCAGGAGUGAAGCUGCUGUGUGAUGGACUGAAGAGUCCUCACUGUUCUCUGGAGACUCUCAGUCUGUCCGGUUGUCUGGUCUCAGAGGAAGGAUGUUCUUCUCUGACCUCAGCUCUGAACUCCAACCCCUCCCAUCUGAGAGAACUGGACCUGAGUAACAAUGACCUGCAGGAUCCAGGAGUGAAGCUGCUGUGUGAUGGACUGAAGAGUCCUCACUGUUCUCUGGAGAUAAACUGCAGCUGUGUCUCGUUGUCUUCAUCAGAUUCAUGUGAACUGGAACUGGACACAAACACAAUGAACAGAAAACUCAAACUGUCUGACGACAACAGGAAAGUGACCGGUGUGAGAGAAGAUCAGUCGUAUCCUGAUCAUCCAGACAGAUUUGAGUUCUGGCCUCAGCUGCUGUGUAGACCUGGUCUGACUGGUCGCUGUUACUGGGAGGUCGAGUGGAGAGGAAGAGUUUAUAUAUCACUGAGUUACAGAGGAAUCAAGAGGAAAGGCCACAGUUUUGACUGUGUGUUUGGACGUAAUGAUCAGUCCUGGAGUCUGAUCUGCUCUGAUGCUCAUGGUUACUCUGUCCUUCACUGUAGGAAACAAACACCCAUCAUGUCCUCUGUCUCUCACAGAGUAUCAGUGUAUGUGGACUGUCCUGCUGGGACUCUGUCCUUCUACAGCGUCUCCUCUGACUCACUGAUCCACCUCCACACCUUCAGGACCACAUUCACUGAACCGGUUUAUCCUGGGUUCUGGGUCUGUCCUGGUUCCUCAGUGUCUCUGUGUCCUCUGUAGGACAUGAAGAGACAGCAGCUUCAGUGGUGGACGAGGUCAAAGCUCGUCUCAGUCAUUCUUUGU